AUGUGUGACGGGGACAUCGUCAUCUUCAACCGCCAACCCACCCUGCACAAGAUGUCCAUGAUGGGUCACCGGGUCCGUAUCCUGCCCUGGUCCACCUUCCGCCUCAACCUCAGAAGGUUUCUGGGGGUUGGGAUGUGGGUUUUGGGGUGUCCUCGGGCUCUCCUGACGGCCGUGCGCAAGUUCACCAAGCGAGACGUCUUCCUGGAGAGGGGGGAGGUGAUGAACCUGCUGAUGUUCCUCUCGACGUGGGAUGGGAAGGUCCCUCAACCUGCCAUCUUGAAGCCCCGUCCCCUCUGGACAGGGAAGCAGAUCUUCUCCCUCAUCAUCCCUGGACACAUCAACUGCAUCCGCACCCACAGCACCCACCCCGACGACGAGGACAGUGGGCCCUACAAGCACAUCUCCCCGGGGGACACCAAGGUGAUCGUGGAGAACGGGGAGCUGAUCAUGGGCAUCCUGUGCAAGAAGUCCCUGGGGACCUCAGCAGGUUCCUUGGUCCACAUCUCCUACCUGGAGAUGGGCCACGACACCACCCGCCUCUUCUACAGCAACAUCCAGACUGUCAUCAACAACUGGCUCCUCAUCGAGGGUCACACCAUCGGCAUCGGGGACUCCAUCGCCGAUGCCAAGACCUACCAGGACAUCCAGAACACCAUCAAGAAGGCCAAGCAGGAUGUCAUUGAGGUGAUUGAGAAGGCCCACAACAACGAGCUGGAGCCCACCCCAGGGAACACCUUGCGCCAGACCUUCGAGAACCAGGUCAACCGGAUCCUCAACGACGCUCGAGACAAGACGGGAUCUUCUGCCCAGAAGUCCCUCUCUGAGUACAACAACUUCAAGUCCAUGGUGGUGUCUGGGGCUAAGGGCUCCAAGAUCAACAUCUCCCAGGUCAUCGCCGUGGUGGGCCAGCAGAACGUGGAGGGCAAGAGGAUCCCCUUUGGCUUCAAGCACAGGACCCUCCCCCACUUCAUCAAGGACGACUACGGCCCCGAGAGCCGCGGCUUCGUGGAGAACUCGUACCUGGCCGGGCUCACCCCCACCGAGUUCUUCUUCCACGCCAUGGGGGGCAGGGAGGGGCUCAUCGACACGGCCGUGAAGACAGCAGAGACUGGCUACAUCCAACGCCGACUCAUCAAGUCCAUGGAGUCAGUGAUGGUCAAGUACGACGCCACGGUCAGGAACUCCAUCAACCAGGUGGUGCAGCUGCGCUACGGGGAGGACGGGCUGGCGGGAGAGAGCGUCGAGUUCCAGAACUUGGCCACCCUCAAACCCUCCAACAAGGCCUUCGAGAAGAAGUGA